UGUAUUGCCGGUGCAUUCAUUGAAUUCUUGUGAAACCAAACUAGCAAGUUGUGCUGAAAUUCAGGACAUGCAUACAGCACGAAGAGGGUGGACGUGCGCUAAACUAACUCUUACUCUCUGCCGACCGUACUAUUCAUUACUACAAGCAACAGCAAACAGCUGGUACAUCACUUCCUGUACUAGUUCUACAUGUGAAGUGUGGCUGAAGAAGCUGCAUUUCAACUUCGAAACGCAACUCGAAUUGUGAAAGGGAUGUUUAACAAUGCCGUUGCCUGGAAUAAAGUAGUAAAGGAACCAUUGCGCUAUCCACGAACAAGAGGAUUGGAUUGGUAAACACCAUUUCGUGCGUUUAGUUGAGCACCAUUCUCGUGAUUUGGUCCGAGCCCCUGUCCGUCAGGCCCGGUGGACCCCUUCCCCUUGGAAGCGUCUUUCAGCCCAGUGUGUCAGUCAGAAUGGGACAAUAGCCGCAGUCGCCAUCGGACCUCCCCCUUUCUCUUUUUGUUCUCUGUCUGCCCCGUCCCCACACCCUUCCCCUAAUACUCACCUACACACACACACACACACACACACACACACACACACACACACACACACAGACCCAGCCAGCCCCUGACCACUCCUCCCACUACUGGUUUUGGUCCACUCCCUCUUCCUACCUCUCUAGGCAGCCAGCCUUGUCAAGCCAAACGAAACCAUUAUCCUCUGUAAAAGAUAGGCAGCUGUAUAGGCCCCUAUCCUCCCUUUGUUGGUGGCUGUUUGUUUAAAGGGCCCCCAUGAGAGUAGCGGCUAGAGAACACAAGGCAGCACAACAGCACCCAGUCAGCCUUUUACUGGAAACAAACGAACUGUGGUGGUGGUUGGGACACUGAUGGAAUUCUAGUAGCAUGAUGUUGGGCUGGCAUCGCCACCACACGCCAUCGAUGAACCAGAGGGCCACCAGCAGACUUUGGAGAUCGACACAUCUCAACUUGUGGUGGGACAAGAGGUUGAAAUAAAAACAGUUUUUUUCAGGAUAUUUUUUUGGCCUUUUUUUGCUUCUCCAGUGAUCAGCUAAACCAAAGUGCCUUUCUUGGUUUCUCACUGUGCUUUUACUAUAACCUUGAUCUAACUUCAUAUUACACUCCAAUAUCUGAAAAUAAUAUCUAAAAGAAACAUUUGAAGGAUUUUGCACUUUUCAUUCAUAUACCGCCAUACCCAUUGCCUGUUGCACUUGUCAUAUCAUACAGUUGCACAGUACUGACAGUGCACACUUGUUUACAGUAAAAAUAUACACCUCCGUACCGACUUGACAAUCCCACCCCGUAUUUCACCCAACCACAGCGUUCCUCUAGUGUAGGUUGCUAGGACUAACGAAGCCAAACAUAUCACCAAACUCUCUUCAAGUUCCUUGUUGCGACACAGAGCCGGUAACAUGGCGACGUGGCUACAGUCAAAAUGGCGCUACCUGUUCAUGUUCCUGGGUGUCCAGCUGGUUGUCAUGGCGCUGCUGUCCCGCGAGGGUUACCACAAGCGAGUGUCGUACUUCAUCAGGAUUUUCCGCAAGCUGGAGACCACUGCGUCGGGGACGUCCGGUGCCGGCUCGCCCCACGCAAGCAAUCACACGGGCGGUGACGUCUACGCCAACUUGUCCCUCCUGGCCAAGGCCCACGGCCGGGGCGAGGACAUGCCCUACUGCCCCAAGACGUCUCCCCUGAUAGGUGGACCGAUCCACGUCAACUUCCCCUCCGGGUUGACACUGGCCCAAGUGGCGCGGAAGAAUCCUUUGGUGGUCCGCGGGGGGCGCUACAGACCGCCUGACUGUGAGGCGCGGCACCGCACCGCCAUAAUAAUUCCCCACAGAAACCGGGAGCACCACCUGAAAUUCCUCCUCUACUACCUUCACCCAUUCCUACAGCGACAGCAGCUCAACUACGGCAUCUACGUCAUCCACCAGGCUGGUAACUACACGUUUAACCGGGCCAAGCUGAUGAACGUUGGAUUCCGAGAGGCCAUGCGGGAGGAGGACUGGGACUGUCUGUUCUUCCAUGAUGUGGACCUCAUCCCUGAGGACGACCGCAACACCUACAUAUGCGACGCCAACCCCAAGCACACCGCCAUCGCCAUGGACAAGUUUGGAUACAAGCUGCCAUACAAGAUGUAUUUCGGAGGGGUGUCAGCGUUGUCUCCACUGCACUACCUGAAGAUGAACGGCUUCCCCAACAACUACUGGGGCUGGGGAGGAGAGGACGAUGACAUUGGAGUCAGAGUAUCCCUAGGAGGGAUGUUCAUCUCUCGUCCAUCGGUGAAGGUGGGCCGAUACAAAAUGAUCAAACACAAGCUGGACAAGGGAAAUGACGUGAACCCCAGGAGGUUCAACAUGCUGGCCAAGACGCGUCAGACGUGGAAGCUGGACGGCAUGAACACGGUGGAGUAUGAGGUGCUGUCACGUGACUACUUCCCCCUCUACACCAACAUUACUGUGCACAUCGGCACAGAGGCAGGCCUGCAUGCCACGGCCCCCAAGAUCCCUGCCAAAGCCCCAGCAAAGCCGCCGGUCGAAGCCCACGCCAAACCUCUAGCCAAGCUCCAACAGAAACAACAGAACCACUGACUUGGACCAACUUUACCCACUCCACUCCCAUCCACCACCCUCUUGCCGCCGACUCUCCCCACCUAACUUAUGCCUGGGAGCAGGGAUGUGACAGAGGGGCCCUGGGCCCUUAAAGCGCUCCUUUCUUUGCCUUCACCCUUCAACUGAACCUCAUAUCAAUGCCUACAGGUGGCAGGUAGCAGGUAGCCUAGUAGUAAGAGCGUUGGGCCAGUAACCGAAAGGUUGCGAGAUCGAAUCCCUGAACUGAC